GUCGAAUCGGUGGCACUACCUGGUACGGCCGGUCAGAAGAACGUGGGCACACGGCGCAGGUUAGUCGAGUCUAUUGCCCGCUUCCCGUUUCUGCGACUGCAUUCCAUUUCCGAAGAAAAUGGCUUAAAUGGGUCGUGUUGGGUUGCGUUCCUUUUUCUCUUUUCUUACCCAUUCUGCACCUCUAUCCGUUUUUCUCUCCGUUUCACGCAAAACCCUCUCGCUUCCCCUAUCUUUCUCUCUCGUGUCUUCUUGAAACCUCUCCUUGCUUCAAAUUCGAGCAUUGUAGCUCUCUCUCUCUCUCUCUCUCUCUCUCUCUCUCGGGUUUUGGCUCGGCUGUGCUUUCAAAUAUAAUGGAAUCACACUUGCGGGACUAAACCUUGGUGUUGAAUCUUUCACUCUGUUUUUUCAGAUCGCCAAUCUCUCAGUUUUGUGUAUGAAUGAUUUCACUCUAUCUCGGACGAGUUUGGUUUUGCUUGAAGCGGUAGUUCAUGGACGACCGAAUGGGUGUUUUGGAUCUCAACUGAGAUGUACCUACUAUGUCGCACCUCAACGGAGCAAAGGACAAAGAUAAUCUGGAAUUUAAGUGGGGCAUUAAGAAGGGAAUUGGUGGACCACAUGGAGACAUUCAGUUUUAUGAGUCAUUUACUUUUGAUGGCGAGGAGUACUUUCUUUAUGAUUGUGUUUAUAUGUUUCGCGAAAAUGAACCUGAACCUGAUAUUGGUAAGCUUGUAAAAAUAUGGGAGACACCAAGCCAUACAAAGAGAGUGAAAGUUGUGUGGUUUUUUCGCCCCAUUGAAAUACGUAAUUGGUCGGGAGAUGAUGAGCCGCUCCAAAAUGAACUGUUUUUAGCAUGCGGAGAAGGAACAGGCCUUUAUAAUCUGAAUCCUCUGGAAGCAAUUUGUGGAAAAUGCAAUGUUAUUUGUGCAUCUAAGGAUGAGAGAAAUUCUCAAGAAUCCAAAGUAGAACUGAGAAUGGCUGACUUCAUUUUUUAUCGCACUUUUGAUGUUGGGAGCUACACAAUAUCAGACAGAUUUCCUGAUAGAAUAGCUGGAAUCAAAGUGGAAUAUUAUUUUAACAAGAAAAAAGAUCAAAACUUUGGUGCUCAAACCAAAUUCAAUGAAAAGUUGAAGGAAAGAACUGCAAAGUCUAUUUCACGUUUGAAUUUUUACACGGAAGCAGCAGCAACAAAUGCAAUGAAAAGUGGCAUGUCUAGCACAAGGAGCCCCUUGGUGAAAGAGUCAAAGAACGCAGUGGCUAGUUUGGGUAAACAAGCACAUUGUCCUGAUGAGAAUAGUGCAUUGAAAGCUAAAACUUUUACUUUGAGGACUGGGACUGGGACUGGGACUGGCAGUCCAGUUGAAAAAAAUAUGAGAUAUAAGGAUUCAUCACCUAUGAGUGCACCUGAGAAUCGACCACCAAAGAAAAGGAAGCUUCUAGAUUCUAUGUCACUAGAAAUCCAGUCCAAUGCUUUGUUAGAUCCUGGAGAAGGCAGUGAUCCCAAAACCUUAUGGGUGCCAAAAAAUGCUUCUAAGGAAGAACUGAUCAAGGGACUUCCUGCUAGCCAGAACAGGGGACUUUCUACAGGGUUUAUUCAUGGGAAUGUCAGCAGGAUUUCUAAUCAAGCAGUUUCUCAAACUGAACAGAAUAAGGAUAGAAAGAAAUGGUUCAAGCCACCGCCUUGGGAUGAAAGGAUGCAGAAUGCCCAGAGACAAGGAACCCUUGUCUUACUAGAAAAUCUUGAUCCGUCCUCCACAUCAUCAGAAGUAGAGGAUAUUGUUUCAUGUGCUUUUAAUGAGAAGGUUGUAGCAAGGGUGAUAGAACGUACUACAUUUUGUAGCCCACACUAUGGACAAGCCUUUGCUAUAUUCAGAUCAAAGGAUAAAGCAGAUUUGGCAAUUUCAGAGUUAAAAAGGAGGUGCCUGAUUCUAACGAGUGGAAGACCGGUCAUUGGUAGCAGAGUAAGCCCUAGGGAGCCAACUAAACCAACUGCAUAUGCUGGCCAUCUCAUUAUCAACAGAUUCAAGCAUCUAAAGCAGCGCGAAGAGAUGAGAAAUGCAGUGUCAACAUCACAUUAUGCGCAGCCCAAUACCAUUGAAUACGAGAUGGCUAUGGAUUGGCGUAUUUUGCAAGAAAAGUCAGAUAUAUGGUGGAACAAAUUGCAUGAGCAACAAGCUAAUGAGAUAGAGGUUGUUAGGAGCCAGCGAAAAGAUUUAAUUUAGCCAGUAGAGUUAUACGUUGGAACAAAAACUAUAUUUUGGAACAGCUUUUUUGCUUUCGUGAAAUGUACAAGGUAGUCGUGCAAGGGUUGUCCUCCUUUGGACAGUACACAUGGCCUACCCAUAUUGAGGAAAGUAUAGAUGUCAGAAAGUAACAAGGAAAUUAAAUUUCGCUUUUGUUCUUUGUUCUUCGUUGUGUUUGUUUUGUUGGUGUAAAUUUUCUUUUCUUUUUUCAUUUUGAUUUUCAUUCAUUUGGAAUCAGAUCAUCUUUGGAGCUUCCUUUGGAAGGAAAUGCCAUUUUCUUUCUUGUACCUGCAUCCCAGUUCCUCUUUUCACACUUUACAGUAGAUUUCUAAUAAAAUUUUCCGUUAUUUUUAACC